AUGGCGCAGCCUCAGACCGUCCCCUGCGCCUACAAGACUGGCCGCACCCUCGGCCAGGGCACCUACGCCGUCGUAAAGGAGGCCGUACACAUAAAGACUGGCCAGUACUAUGCCUGCAAGGUCAUCUCCAAAAAGCUCAUGGAGGGCCGCGAACACAUGGUCCGCAACGAGGUCGCUGCCCUCAAAAAGGUCUCCCAGGGUCACCGCAGCAUCGUCACCCUCGUCGACUACUUCGAGACCAUGAACAACCUCUACCUCGUCACAGACCUCUGCGUCGGAGGCGAGCUCUUUGACCGCAUCUGCGAGAGGGGCAGCUACUACGAGCAGGACGCCGCACACAUCGUCAAGACCAUCACCGGCGCCGUCGUCUACCUCCACGACCAGGGAAUCGUCCACAGGGACCUCAAGCCCGAGAACCUCCUCUUCCGAGACAAGACCGAAGAGUCUGACCUCCUCAUCGCCGACUUUGGCCUCUCACGAGUCGUCGACGACGAGAAAAUCACCGUCCUCAGCACCACCUGCGGCACCCCGGGCUACAUGGCGCCCGAGAUUUUUAAAAAGACCGGCCACGGAAAGCCAGUCGAUAUGUGGGCAAUCGGCGUCAUCACCUACUUUCUGCUGUGUGGCUACACGCCCUUUGACCGCGACACGACCAUGGAGGAGAUGCAGGCCAUCAUCAACGCCGAUUACCGCUUCGAGCCCGCGAUAUACUGGGAGGGCGUGUCGGACCAGGCAAAGGACUUUAUCAACAAGCUGCUCACCACGGACCCGGCGGCGCGGAUGACGGCCAAGCAGGCGCUCCAACAUCCCUGGCUCCAAAGCGGAGGGCAGACGGUCGAGGGGGCCACCCAGGGCCAGCAAAAGGACCUGCUGCCCGACAUCAAGAGCGCCUUCAACGCCAAGAGGACCUUCAAGAAGGCUGUCAAUGGUAUCCGCCUCAUCAACCGCCUCAAGACCAACGAUGCCACGCCAAACAGGGAGGAAGUGGAAAAGCUACGCCAGACGAUCCGAGAGGCCGAAUCGGAAUCCAACAACCUCGAAAAAGUGCUUGCUGGCGGUCAGGGCGACAGUGCAAACUAG